AUGAACCCACUCCGAGAUAUCUCACAUCCUCCGUCUCCCGCCCCGAACCAAUCAAACUUCACGCCGGGUUCUGACCAAUUCACUGCUCAUUCUAUCCCAGUAGACAACUCCGUCAGUAUCAGCCGCCGACAGGAGACUCAGAACAGCCUGAGACAAGCUUCUGUAGCGCUAGAUGCUGCAUAUGCGCGUGUCACACAACUCAGACACAACAUCAACAAUUUGCUCAACCGGAUGCCACCGGAAUUCGCAGAAGGACCUUCGCCCGCCCGCAACAGGACCACAGAGUCCAGUAUCGCACCCCAGCAUACUGCCUUGGUCCUUACCGGGUCCGACACUCCAGAGUCCGAUGUGGACUUCAACACUCGCGUUCAGCGUUUGAGAACUAUUAUCAAUCCCUCGGCCAGGCAGCGCCUGGAAGAUUUCGAGAGCAUGUCAAGACGCAGGAGAGGCUUCACUUCAGAGCGUCCAUUAGAAGUGUCACACCAUAGGUCCCAGUGGUGGGAUACACCUAGCGAUAUACCCUCUCGGGCACUCCCGCCUCACCCCCGUUCCCCUCCGCUGCCAGACCUGAUUCUUCCUUCAAACAACAGAACUCAUCUUUCAAGCAGUCUGGAUGAGCGUUCUGUCUUCCGCACUGAGCUUGGGAUCAUAAAUCCCGAUGAUCCCAACACUAUGAUCGGGCGACAAGUUGCGGCACGUACUGCCUUAAACCGCCAGAGCACCGCUGCCCCUCCGCUCGAACAACGAUUCCAAGAUCAGACUUCUGUCAUUGCGCGGGAUCUAGCGAGUUUGGCUAACCGGCUUGUCAGGCAGGGCGUUCGUCGCCUGGAAGCUGCUCGGCAAGCGGAGUUUGAGCAACCAAGCUUGAACGAUAGAUCCAGUUUACAGGGACAAGGGGUAGUUCCGGCUCCCUCGGAGACUGAGAUGGACUGGGAACCCACCAUACCACAAUCAAACAAUGAUCCACUCUUGACUCUAGUGCUUGAUGUUGCGGCUGCGUCCGACUCAUCCAUGCGUCCUUCUCAGCCAUCGAGUGGUGCGAGUAGGCGAUGGACUAGUGAUCACGCCGAUCGAACACUACUUAUAGAUGAGCGGGGUCAAGGCCCCCCUAGCGUGUCGGAGAGACCACUACCUCAUUUUAUGAAUGCCAGGUCGUGGCCUAGUGAAGUAACUGCAAAUGGUGCAGGUGAGGCUUCGACGUCUUCAAGCUCUGUCAGACGUCGCAGGAGAUGGGCGCGUCUUCUUAAUGCGGAUGGAGAUGAGGUUAUUUCGGAUGACGAAGAUGGAGUCGAGCGUAAUCGCCGCUCGCAGCUGCGUUUGAUGUAUGCGCUACCAGAUGCCACUGUUUCAUCUACAUCACCUAGAUUCGAGGAAGACUCCCUCCUCCCAUACACCUCUGCCUCCAUCAUACAUCCCCCGGACGAUGAUCCAGCAGAGGCUAUACGCGUGCGUCUCAACUCCCACCAGCAAUCCAAAGAAGAUCUUUUUUCCCAUAGUAUCUCUUCACGUACUUAUUCACAACAUAUUGACCCUUUACCGACGCCUCUGUCAGAGAUGCUUCGUCAUCCAACUGUAUCCGCACAGGUUCCGCGGGUUAUUCCAGUAUCUAAGCAUGCGAGUCUUGCGGGACGGUGA